GUUCAGGGAGCGCCGGACGCACGAACAUCAGGGUUAAGGCGGAGGUCGAGUGGCCGAAGUACGACGCCACGGACAUCUACUACGACGUGGAGGAGUUUUUCAAGGACCUCAAGCGCGUCAUGAUGCUGGCCUCCGCUGGGAAGGGUUACCCAGCCCAGGAGAAGUUGGAGAUGCUUCGAGGCGGACUCUCCGGCGUGCCGCUCUUGGACUUCAAGACCUUCGUCGACGACAACGAGCUGCGCAACGCGACGCUCGAGGAGGGCACGGAUUCCGCGCGUGAGGACUUAUGGGGGGAGGUCGAGGCUUAUCUUAAGCGCUCCUUUCACCGACCUCUUCUGGAACGCCAGCGGCGGGCUCGUGCUGAGUACAACGCCUGUUCGAUGAGGAACGGGGAGAUCCGGGAGUACAUGGCCUUCCAGACCGACUUCAAGCGUUGCCUGAAGAACCUGGAGCGGAGUGGGUUGGCCAAGGCCCGCGAGGAGGUGAAGGUGGACUUCAUCGAGAAGCUGACGGAGGAGUGCGCGACCCAUCUCAUGCUGACCCCGUACACCGAUCCUCGUACAGGGAAUGUUGGCUUGGUGCGUGACCUGGAGGCCGCCAUGGAGAUGGCCCGGUCGUUCUUCGCCGUGCAGGACACGAAGCGCGUGGUCUUCGCCGCGGAGGAGAUUGAGGUCAACCGCGAGGUGCCGAACACGGACCGGCUGAUCGGCGACAUCCUCAUUUCCCGGCUCCGCCGCCCAGCCCAGCAGCUGGUGGAGGAGUUCUCGUCGGAGCAGGCGCUGCGGGUUCAUUCCGUGACGAAGCAUCCCGGGAGCUGGGGCCGACCCGAGGGCCGGAAGGAUUCUGCAGCUCCAUCUGCAGGCCAUGUCGCCCAGCGGAGCUCGACCGAGGAACACUACGCGUUCGACGAGCUGGAGGACGAGGCGGCCCUACCGACAGAGGAGAUCCCCUUCCCUACCGACGACGCGCCCUCUGGGCCGCCCGAGGCGCAGCUGGCCGUGUCCCCGCCCUUGCGCCGGUUCGCGGACAUCGCGAAUAUUCAGCCGCGACCUCGUCCAGAGCCGGGCCGCAACCACAAGCUGUGGAUCUCCUUCGGGGGCGUGCGCGUCAAGGGCUGCAAGGACACGGGCGCGGCGGCGACGACGAUCCCAGAGAGCCUGGUGAUGCGUAUCAUCCGGCAGCACGCCGACACCGAUCCUGGCUCCAAAGAGUACCCCAUUGGGGAGCUGAUGGAGUACCGGCCGCCUAUCGGACUAGUAGGUUUCGCUAGCGCGGAGCCGGUGGACAUCAAGUACGGUUGCGUCCUCUACACCACCUUCCACGACUAUCGCGGCUCCUCGAAGACCGUGCCGAUCGAGUACCGCGUCGUCCCAGACGAGCGCGACGGCGGAGGCUAUCCUCUGCUCGGCGCCCGCACUGUGGGGCCAGAAGGGCUGCACAUCGACACGACUCUGGAGCACCACGUCGUGCGGAAGUUGGGCUUGACUUGUGCUCGUGCUGAACUCGGUCGCCCGUGCGGCCGCGAGGAGGUCACUGAGGAACAGCGCGGGGUUCGGCACGUCUUCCGGGCCACGGAGGAGGUCUACGUGCCUGCAGGCGAGGAGAGGGUGGCCAAGGACGCCCCGCUGCACGUCGAGCCAGGCGCGCCCGUGGCGAGGCUAGCGCCCUGUCUCUCGGCAUCGGCCUUGGCGCAGCGCGAGCACGACUUCCGCUCAGCGUUCCGCGCCGCGGAUCCUAUGGUCAUCGAGCACCUCGUUCGUCUCUCCGCUGUCUUCGAGACGGCGGCCAACGGAGGACUAUCGUUCAAGCUCUCCAAGUGCCAGCUCCUUCAGCCUGAGCUGCGCCUGCUCGGCACGAUCACGGGGCGGGAUGGUCAGAAGCCGGACCCGGCGAAGGUCCAGGGCAUCAUGGAUUUCCCGCCGCCCACGACGAAGGGCCAGUUGCGGGAAUUCUUUGGCAGUGUGAACUGGCUGAGGCCGUUCUUGUCCACAGCCUUCUCCAGGGAGAGCGCCGGGCUCCGCAGAUACCUCAAGAAGGAGGUGGACGACAACUUCGGCGCCUUGGAUGUGGACGGUAUGGCCUCCUUCCGUGCUAUUCAGAAGCUCGUCGUGGAGUUCAUUGCCCUCUGCGUGCCGGACUACGCGGCCGCGGCGGACUGGGAGCGCACAGGUAGAUGUUUUGAGAUCGUUCUUGAUGCUUCGCUCCUGGGCGGAGGCGCGGCGCUCUUCCAGCUGGACGCCGAGCUCGGCAAGCCGCGACCUCUUGCUAUGUGUUCCCGGUCGUUCACUACGGCGCAGCAGGCCUGGCCGGCCUGGCAGCGAGAGCUCUGGAUGAUGAAGGAGGCAGUCCUCGAGUUCGCGCCGAUUUGUGCCGGUUAUCGGACCCUGGCUUGGACGGACCACCGGAACAACACCUCCGUGUCCAUGAUCCCUCCCGAGGAGUGCGGCGAGAAGGUAAUCCGGUGGUGGGGCAUCAUCCUCCAGAGCGGCGUCAUCGUCUGCUUCUUGGCCGGCAAGGUGAACCCUUCCGAUGGUUUGUCCAGGAACCCCCAGGAUCGUGACGCCUUGCUGGCACGGCGGGCCUGGCUGCUCAAGAACCCCUCGGAGCUCGCCGCGGACUACAAGCAGACGGAGUUCGAGGCUGUCGAGCCCGGCACCUUCGCGAAGGAGGUGGAAAAGCUGCUCGUGGCCGCCCGCUCCGAGGAGGCUGACCUCUUCGCGCCGCUCGUGGUGGAGGCCGACGCGCCCAUGGUAGACGAGGAGGGCUUGGGCUUCUGGUUCCGCCAGCCGCGGGGGCCAGACAGCGCGUCCUCCCGCAAGGAGCUGCGUCGCUCGCUCUUCACGGCCGUCUUGGAGCUUCUGCGGCAAAUGCGCCGCCGGCCGCCCCACGUAGUCGUGGCGCUGGGUCAGGGCGCUGUUGUGGCUGCAUUCGCCUGCCACCCUGCUGUCCGCGAGGUGGUAUACCGACACCGUUUCGUCCAGCCCUUCGAGUCCGAAGCGAUGGAGUCGGCAGCCAGAGGCGUCGCGCAGUGGUUAUUCGUGCAUGCUGCGGCUGUGCUGCGCUCCGGCCUGAUGUCGAGGCCUUUCGAGCUCGUGCCUGAGAUGACGCCGCUUCCCGACGUGUGGUCCGAGCACCAGGUGCCGCGGGGAGCCAACUCACGUUCUGACGCUCGCUGCCUGGCCACGCGCUUGCCGAACGGCGCGGUGUUGGAGUGCGGAGGAUUGGGCCGCCUGGCCGGGCCGCUCCGCCCAUACCUCGUCACGGCCCAGGAGGUGGACCCCGAGUGCUCGAAGAUGCUCCGCUACCUGCGCUGGGAGGCAGAGAAGGUCGUCAAGCCUUCCGUGGACCUCCGGACCCACGGCCUCGCGCAGGAGGAUGCGGCCCGCUUGAGGAGGGAGGCUGCCAGGUUCUGCAUCGGCGAGGACGGUGCCUUGCUUCGACGGCUGACGCCAGAGCUCCCUGGAGAUCCGGCCGCGGUCCCAGUUCUUCCGGCAGGAGCGCUGAUUCCCGAAGUGGAGUUGGAUCCCGACCGGGAGCACGCCGUGAAGACGACCUGGAGGAAUUGGGCGAUGCUGGCCGCCCACGCGGGCGGGUCAGGCGGCCAUUCCAAGCUCGAGGAGGCCCUGGUGAAGUUGAGGGCGACGGCAUGGUGGAGUUCGAUGUCGAACGACCUGGCUCGAUUCAUCGAGCGCUGCCCGACUUGCGCCUCAGACCGUCGCCCGGGUCGGUUGGCCCUCACCCGGUCUGAGCGUCCGCGGACCCCAUUCGACACCGUCCAGAUCGACUUGCAGGGGCCGUGGUGCCCUGGGAGCAAGGAAGGGUGGCGAUACGUCUUCACUCUGAUUUGCGUCUUCACUCGGUACCCCACGCUCCGCGGCCAGAACACGAAGUCCAAGACGGACACGGCCAGAACCUUCUUAUCCAUCAUCUGGGAGUUGGGGACGUUCCCGAGGGUGGUGCAGAGCGAUAGGGGCCGCGAGUUCGUGAACGACUUGAUGCAGGAGGUCUUGGUGCUGCUCCGCAUGCGGCCGUAUACCACACCGGCCUACACCCCGAGGAUCAACGGCAUCGUCGAGAGGAGCCACCAGCAGAUGGCGACGACGUUGCGGCUGCUGGUGCACGAGCUCGCCAAGAGCUCCCCGCAGCUGUGGGGCGAGUUUCUGGCGUGCCUGCAGUACCACCUCCGCCAUCACCGGGUUGCAGACAGCCAGGUGACCCCUUUCCGCCUUGUUCAUGGUUGGGCCGCUGCGCUGCCGACGCAGCGUUCGCUGGCCCCUUGGGCCACGGUUCCGGCAGCCAUGGUUGAGGACGAGUGGCUUCGCUCAAUGGUCGUGGGCUGGCAAGCCAUCACGUCCCGCUUCAAGGCCUACUUGGACGACUACGAGGUGAAGGCGGCCGUGGCGAGGGACCGCAAGGCGCGGUGGCAAGUCUUCCGCCCGGGCGACUUGGCCAUGCUCGAGCGGCCGCCGCGCGUGGGCGACCCGAGCAAGGGCCUUCUCGAGGCGAUGGAGGGCCCCUACCGCGUCACCCGCAUGAUCGGGGAGCACCGCGCGGUGCUGACGGAGCUGGACAGCCGCGCGCGCCAGCCGGCGACUCCUGGCGUGUUGUUGCUGGCAGAGGGUUCGAACGGCGCUUUCCUCGGCGAGGUGAGGGUGAACUACCCUCGUCGCCUCUUGGUCUCUCUGGCUCGCUUUGGCAUGCGAGCGGACGGCACGUGGGCCCGGCUCCACCUGCGUGCUGACGGAGUGGAGACGUUCGACCCGACCUUGACCGAGGUGCGCGCCGACGUUCCCUACGUGGAUCUUCGCGCGGAGGCUCGCUUGUUUGACAGUCGCCUGGACGCGCGCUCCCGCAGAGCAGCGGGGGCAUUGCAUUUGACAUUUUGUCCUCAUGCAGCGCCUGCUGCCGAGGAGCCGCCGGCGCGUCCUGAGGAGAUAGCCGCUGCUUCGCCGACGCUGGAGGACACGUUUCCGGAGGUGCCCAACGUGUUCAUCAACGGCUCCCGGAGGUCCGUCGUGCCGAAGGCCAUGGACGCCGACGAGCUUCGGAGGAUCAAGGCGGACGAGAUUGUCUUCGAUACGGCAGCCAGGUCGACAGCACGGCACGCCGAGAUCAUCGCUUUCGAGGCUUGGCAGCUUGCCCGUGCCAACCCCCACAUCUCAGAGGAGGAUCGUGCAGCCUUGGUGUGGGUGUGUGUGGAGUGGCGGCAGGCGCUUUGGAACGAAGGCGCGUCCUUCACGCGAGUGAGCGGUGCUGCCUAUGAUGUCGACGUGGCCGGCGCUGCCCCUAUCUCGCAGCAGCCAUAUCGCAUGAGUCCCGCUGAAGCUGCAAAAUGUGAGGCCCAUAUCUCGAAGAACAUGGCGAUGGGGUUCCUGACGCGACAUGUUGGGGCCUGGGCCACACCGGCCUUCGUGGUCCCACAGGCGUCGAAGCCUAACGGGCGCCUGGUGUGCGAUUACCGUCGUGUCAAUGCCGUGACUCGGCGCAUGUACUAUCCCAUCCCACGGGUUGAUGAUACCUUGCGCCGGUGCGCUGGCAGACGGUGGCUUUCUUCGCUGGACGCCGUCAGCGGAUUCAAUCAUCUUCCCCUCACGCCGCGGGCACGAGAGAUUCUGGCAAUUUGCACCUUCGCUGGGUUGCAUGCGUGGGAGUCUUUACCUUUCGGGCCAUGUGAUGGGCCGCAGGCCUUCCAGGCUGUGAUGCGACGUGUCUUCGACGGCUAUGCGGCGGACUGGCUGGCCAUCUACAUUGACGACCUGUGCAUUGCCAGCGGCGUGGCUUA